CACCGAGGGGGGGUGGACCAAGUAGAUAUUCUGGAAAAAGGAAUGCAAAUCCACUACCAUCUUCUCCUAUGUUGACUCCCGCACCUAAUCAAACACCAGUAUCACCUGAAUCGUCGGCACCAGAAACGCCACAUUCAGUCGCAGCAGUCAAUGGAUCUGUACCAUCAUCAUCUUCUGAGCUUGAUACACCUAGAGAUGAAAUAGUAUCAACAAGUUCUUCAAACACAAUUGAUGGUACUCAUAUCCCAAUUGAAAUUGUCCUUGGAGGCCUGGAGCCGAGUAAUAACGUAUCUCGGGCAGUCACAAAAAUCUUCAAGGAGAAGCUAGAUCACGAAGGACAUAAUUGGAAGUCUGUUACACCAGAGACAAAGGACUUCUAUUGGGAGGAUUUUAAGAAACGAUUCCGAUGGGAUAUUGCAAUCGAAGGUGCCAUAAAGGAUGCGUUUAUGAGAAAAUGUGCAGAACGAUACAAAUGUAUGUUAUCUGAAGCAAGAGCCUCUGAGAAGAAGCGCAAACAUAUCCCGACAUCUAUUUGGGAUAGCUGGAAGCCUCAUUGGGAGACUGACGCUUUUAAAGCCAAGUCCGCACAAUGUUCAAAAAAUCGAUUAAGUGAGAAAGGUGGCGAAGGAUCUGGCCCCUCACGCCAUACAAGAGGCUCUAGAACUCACUGAGAACAUGCAAGACUACUGGGUCUAGAACUAAGAAGACCACCUCAUCCACAUGAGCUUCUGAAGAAGACACAUCUCAAGGCGAAUAAUGAGUUUGUGGACCAGAAGUCUAAGAGCACAUAUGAUGCCGUAAUGUCUAAGAUUGCAUCUGCAUCGCAGCCUGAAGAUGGAUCCGAUGAGCAUCUAACAAUUGAUUUCCCAAAAAUUUAUUUGGAUGAAGUUGGCGGGAUUAAGAAGAAGCGCAUUUAUGGUCUUGGUUCUCAAGCACCUCUUUAUGGACAUGUUGGCGCAUCCUCCGCUUCAACAUCUCGACAUCCAGAUCUAGACUUUGAUGCUCGGGUGAAUGAAUGUGUCGGACAACGUAUGCAAGAAAUGAAGGAAGAGAUGAAGAAUGAGAUGAGAGCAGAGAUCAGAGAAGAGAUUAGACAAGAAAUGGGAGAAGAAAUGCGUGAAGAAAUGAGAUCAAAAGUGCAGCAAGAGGUGACUGAGCAAGUUGAUCAAAUACUCCAAGCACGUAUGUCGCUCAUCAUAGCCGGCUUACCUACACCUCCUCCUCGUAGACGCGACUCUUCGUCAAAUAAUGACAAGAGUACUAUUUAGA